AUGAGUAAUAAUAGUAAGUUAGACAGGGUCAUUGCCCGUUUCCAAAAGAGAAUCGAGGAACGUAAUUACUAUGAAGCACACCAAACUUUAAGAACCAUUGCUAACAGAUAUGUGAACAGUAAAUCCUAUGAUGACGCUAUACAAUUGAUCAUGCAUGGUUCUCAAUCAUUUUUAACUGCCAAACAAGGUGGUGAAGGUACUGAUUUGAUAUUCUAUCUGUUGGAAAUCUAUGAUAUGGCCAACAUUGAAGUCAGCGAUUCCUCAGUGGCGAAAUUGAUUCAAUUGCUAGUCUUGAUCGAUCCAAUGGAACCCAAUUUGAAAGAUGUCGUUACUGGUAUGAAUAAUUGGUCUAUUAAAUUUGGUGAAUGCAAAUUUGGUGAUCCCCAUUUACAUAAUGCCAUUGCCAUAAAAUUAUUAGAUGCUGGAUUUGUCUAUGAAGCUGAGAGAUAUUUAAUGUUAGGUACAUCUGAGAGUCUUACUAAAUAUAUUGAUCUUCUAUGGAAUUGGUUUUUGGACACCGUCACAGAUGAGAAUGUUUCUACUCUUGUCGGUGACUUUAUCAGCAGAUUAAUCUUCAAUUAUUUAUUUAUCGUCAAUAUAGAUUUCACCAUAAAAGCAAGAGACCAAUUUAUUAGUAAAUUUGUUGCAAAAUUUCCACAAUUUGAUUAUGAAAUGAUUUCAAAGGGAGAAGAUAUCUUUAAAAUGUGGUAUCUAAAGAACUUACCUGAAUUAAAUUUCUUACAAUUAUUAAUUCUAGUAUGUCAAACAAAAGAUAAAACCCUAUUCUUAAAUUUGAAAGAACAUUAUUCAAAUUACGCUGGUAAAUACCAAAGUCAACUAGAUUUUAUAGGGCAAGAGUAUUUCAAUAUCAUCCCACCAAGACAAUCCAACUUCUUACAAGACAUGAUGACUGGUUUAUUGGGUGGUAAAUAA